AUGACAGUUAAACGAAUAUCAACGAUAGAUAGUAAGUUAACUGAUGUAUUGUUAUUGAUUGGUUCCUUCUCUAAAAUUAGCUCUAGUUUCGUAUUUAAUAAAUUAAUUAGCAGCAACACAAUUGCAUUGUCUACAACAUCAACUUUUGAAAUUAAACAAACUUUCUUAUUUUGUCCAUCAUUAACAAACAUAUCAUAUUGUAUUAGUAAUAGAUAG